CGAAUGUCAUUCCAUACUACACUGGUAAGCUUUAGCACCCACGGAACUUAAAUGAAUUGUUUAUUUAACAAGAAGUUAAUCUUGGGAUUUCUGAUUUUCUAUGUACAGAUAGUAAAUGUGAGUAACAUCGCAUGCUACAGGUGCCGUUCUUUGACAUAUGCGUUUUGUGGUGACGAAUUCGAUCCCGAGCGUACCGCCAUAUCCGUGUGCAAUUUGGGAGAAGUAUGUGCCAAAUUAUACUCUAAGCAAGACACGUAUGUGAUGAGAGGUUGUUUCACGAGAGGAACGUGCAUAUCUCACCCGAUGUUGGACGAAUGCGACGUAUGCGACGGAAACUUAUGCAAUGGCGAAAGACCCACGUUUAGAUCUCCAUUCUUAACCAAUGUUAUUAACUUAUUAAUUUCGUAUGUAAUUACUAACCAUCUGUAUUAAGCAAAA